AUGAUUGAAGAAGAGGGUUUAAUCACAUCUCUUUUCUCUCUCUCUCUUUCUCUAUCUUUAUUCAUCACUCCUUUACAUGUCUCUUUGAGUUUGAACCAAUUUACUCCAAAGUCCUAAACCCCAAAACCCAUCCUCACAGGGUCUGGCUAAUGGGCGUCGUCCUCCGUCGCUACCACCGUUGUUUCAUAUCAACUCUCGUUGUCUUUACUCUCCUUUUCCUUUCUUUCCCCUCCUCCGCAACCGCCUCUCGUGAUCAAGAUCUUAGGGGAGGGCUUGUGGAGAGUAGGAAGGAGACAGUGGGGCAGGGUUUACCGAGUUGGAUCGUAGAUCAGAAGCGGUUAGGUGGUCCGGGAUCUGCGCCUCCGAUUUGUAGAUCGAAGUGCGGGAAGUGUGAGCCGUGUAAAGCAGUUCACGUUCCGAUUCAAGCAGGUCUUGUUGCGCCAUUGGAGUAUUACCCCGAAGCUUGGCGCUGCAAGUGUGGCAACAAAAUCUUCAUGCCCUAACUUAAUUCUUAUACAAUUAGUGAUUUUGAAAGCCCGGCUUAUUAACUUUCUAGUGGUUUGAUGUGUUAUUGAUGUGGAUAAGAUUUUAUUUAUCAUUUUUUCUCACUGCUUACCACUAUUUUAAAAUAAUCUGAUUAAGUUUACUUCUUUAAAAUUUUAAGAAGCUCUGACGAUGGAGUCUAAUAGAAUAUAGUGAUUUGCACUAUAGUCAUGUUAAUGUUUCUUUUUUUAUGUUUAGUCAUGUUAAUGUUACCUACAUGUAACCA